AUGGGUGUAGGAGAAAACACCGGCAACAUGGGCGGAUGGGAAAACGCCGGCGGCAUGGUCAGCAACAUGGGUGGCGGCAUGGGCGGCAUGCCCAGGCUCUUCAGGGGGAACAUGGGUGGCGGCAUGGGCAGUAUGCCCGGGUUCUUUGGGGGGUUCCCUUGGGGUUUUGGCGGGUUCCCUUCCAUGGGUGGCAUGGUCGGUGGCGGUGGCAACGCCGGAGCCGCAGAUGAUCCUACUGCACCAAUCAUUGACCUCAUCGGCGACGACAUUUUCUUGUUGGAUGAGUAG